UCGCAGACUCCAGGUGUAAAAUCAGAAGCUGAAAGUGGCGUUUUUCCUCCCGCAUUUUGGGCGGGCAGGCAGGAGGGGAGGUGGUCCAACUGCACAAUGACAGAUUAUGCAAAUCCUCCCGGAGCAUCUAAUCAAUCACAGCAGUGGGAGAGGAAUGCAGCUCAUCUCCGAAUUUGCCUCCUCGCGUGAAGCAUCCCCCCUCGCUUGGAAUGACAUCAGAGCAGCUCCGAGUCCUUGAAAGUCUGGGGGUUGAUUAGCUGGAGGAAUUGGCCGCUUCUGCCAAUCACCACCCUGCAAAGCCGCCUCGAUACUCUUGUAGAUAUGAGGGAGGCUGACUACAGCAAACAGGAGGCACAGCGGCAGCACCGGCAGUAGUAACGGGAGCAGCUGGUAUUUGGGUGAUUAAAUAGUUUUCACAGCCUUUUUGCUGUAGCCUGCUUGCUCCCUGGUGUAAUCCCCAUGUCCAAGAAGGAAGCUGCAUUUUUAACAGUGUGCUGAACAGAGGUUUGAAUCAUUCCAGCUGGCUGCUUGUUUUGAAAAGGACAGUCUGUGUAUAAAUGAGAUGUGACUGUGCCGGUAGAGUUCAGUUACUGGGGCUGGAGCAAGAGGAACCUUCCCGGGAUGCCGCUCAGACAGCUGCUAUCAAUUGAAAACUCUCCCUAGUUUACCUGGAGCCAUGUGAAGAGAUUUGAAUAGCAGAUGUCUCUUUCCUGCACGCUAGGAAGAGAAAUUCUUCUCUAGAUAAUGUUAAGAGUCCUCUUCAUUGAUUAUUGGCAGCUGCUGUAUUCUGAGAAAACCUCUUUCAAUUUAGCUUUCCGGAUCCUUUGACUUCCCGCUCCAACAGCUUUAUAACCUCCCCGACAGCUUCAUAAAUGCACUGCAAUGGUCACAUGAACGUCUCGGGAGGGGAAUCGGCGCCUCUGCACCUCCUCGUUCCUAUGGCACUUUAGGAAGAGAGAACAAAAAAAAGCGGCAAGUCCAACAGAAGUUGGAAGUCCUGCGAAAGAUGAAUCUAAUCGUGAAGCUCCGCAGAAGUUUCAGAACGCUGGUCAUUCUCCUGGCGACCUUCUGCUUGGCAAGUAUUGUCAUUUCUGCCUAUUACCUCUACACCGGCUACAAGCAGGAAAUGGCCCUCGUGGAAGCCACCGGAGAAGCGGAGUGCGAAGACCUCAAACUUCUACCGUACAGGUCCUCGGAGCUGAAAACAGCUAAGCCAAUUGAUCCAUCUAAAACUGAUCCCACUGUCCUCCUGUUCGUGGAAAGCCAGUACUCCCAGCUGGGGCAAGAUAUCAUAGCCAUUCUCGAGUCCAGCAGAUUUCAGUACCACAUGGUCAUCACGCCAGCUAAGGGGGAUAUUCCCCCUCUCACAGACAACGGAAGAGGAAAAUACACGAUCGUUAUAUAUGAGAAUAUCUUAAAAUAUGUAUCCAUGGACUCGUGGAAUAGAGAGCUUCUGGAAAAAUACUGUGUGGAAUACAGUGUUAGCAUAAUUGGUUUUCAUAAAGCCAACGAGAACAGCUCCCCAAGUACAAAACUGAAAGGAUUGCCAUUACAUCUGUACAAUAAUGUAGCCCUCAAAGACUGUGUGGUAAACCCUCAGUCUCCCCUGCUGCGCAUUACCAAAGCGCCAAGGGUUGAGAAAGGUCCGCUGCCUGGCGAAGACUGGACAGUUUUCCAGUUUAACCAUUCUACCUACCAACCCGUGAUUUUAACCGAACUUCAGACCUCCAGGUCGCCCCCCGCAGCAUUGCCAAAGGCUGCUCUGUAUGCAACCGUCAUCCAAGACUUGGGGCUUCAUGACGGGAUUCAAAGAGUCCUUUUUGGAAACAACCUGACCUUCUGGCUGCACAAACUGAUCUUUAUUGAUGCCAUCUCUUUCCUGUCGGGGAAGAAGCUCACCUUGUCCUUGGAUAGGUACAUCCUGGUUGACAUAGAUGACAUCUUUGUUGGGAAGGAGGGAACGAGGAUGAACAUCAACGAUGUGAAGGCUUUACUAGAGACUCAAAAUUUACUGCGCACUCAGGUUGCAAAUUUUACCUUCAACCUUGGAUUUUCAGGAAAAUUUUACCACACAGGGACUGAGGAGGAGGAUGAAGGCGAUGACCUGCUGUUGAGAUCCGUGGAUGAGUUUUGGUGGUUUCCCCAUAUGUGGAGUCACAUGCAGCCUCAUCUCUUCCACAAUGAGUCGUCACUGGUGGAGCAGAUGAUCCUCAACAAAGAGUUUGCAAUAGAGCACGGCAUACCGACUGGCAUGGGGUACGCGGUGGCUCCGCACCACUCCGGGGUCUAUCCGGUUCACAUCCAGCUGUAUGAGGCCUGGAAGAAGGUCUGGCACAUCCGAGUGACCAGCACAGAAGAAUACCCACACCUGAAGCCUGCACGGUACAGACGGGGCUUCAUCCACAAUGGCAUCAUGGUGCUCCCUCGACAGACCUGUGGCCUUUUCACUCAUACUAUUUUUUACAAGGAAUAUCCUGGGGGCCCUCAGGAGCUGGACAAAAGUAUCCGAGGAGGUGAACUCUUCCUCACCAUUCUCCUGAAUCCCAUCAGCAUCUUCAUGACCCAUUUGUCUAACUACGGGAACGACCGCCUGGGCUUAUACACCUUUGCGAACCUAGCCAACUUUGUCAAGAGCUCGACCAACCUGAAACUGCAGACGCUGCCCCCAGUUCAACUGGCUCAAAAGUACUUUGAGCUCUUCCCGGAGCAGACGGACCCUCUUUGGCAGAAUCCGUGUGAUGAUAAACGACACAGGGAUAUUUGGUCCAGAGACAAAACUUGCGACCACCUACCCAAAUUUCUUGUGAUAGGACCCCAGAAAACAGGAACAACGGCGCUUUAUUUAUUUCUUCUGAUGCAUCCUUCCAUUAUCAGCAAUCUCCCUAGCCCGAAAACUUUCGAAGAAGUUCAGUUCUUCAACGGAAACAACUAUCACAAGGGAAUUGACUGGUACAUGGAUUUCUUCCCCACUCCUUCUAAUGUCACCACUGACUUCCUCUUUGAGAAAAGUGCCAACUACUUCCAUUCUGAGCAAGCCCCUAAGCGAGCUGCUUCUCUCAUCCCCAAGGCCAAGAUCAUCACCAUCCUCAUCGACCCCUCCGAUCGGGCGUAUUCCUGGUACCAGCAUCAGCGAUCCCAUGAGGACCCCGCUGCCCUGAAAUUCAAUUUUUAUGAAGUCAUUACGUCCAGCCACUGGGCGCCCUCGGAGAUAAGGACCCUUCAGAAGAGAUGCCUGACACCCGGAUGGUACGCCGUCCAUAUCGAGAGAUGGUUAACUCAUUACCCUGCUUCACAGUUGCUUAUUAUUGACGGACAGCAGCUAAGAAGUGACCCAGCUACUGUGAUGGACGAAGUGCAGAAGUUUCUUGGAGUGUCUCCUCACUAUAAUUACUCUGAAGCUCUAACGUUUGACCCUCAGAAAGGCUUUUGGUGCCAGUUAUUGGAAGGAGGGAAAACAAAGUGCCUGGGAAAAAGCAAAGGUCGAAAAUACCCACCAAUGGACCAAGAGUCUCGAGCGUUUCUGUCGAGCUACUACAGAGACCACAACGUGGAGUUGUCCAAGCUGCUGCACAGGCUGGGGCAGCCCCUGCCCUCCUGGCUGAGGCAGGAGCUGCAGAAGGUCAGGUAGCACGCAAGGGCGGAGGACCCAAAUAAGGACGAUUUCCUUCGCCGUCAAAGCCCUUGCUUCUCCGACUCACUUGUGAUCGUCAGUAGAGGACCUCAUGAAUAACAUUCUUUCUAUGAAAAAUAAAAACAAACCCACAAAAGAAUUAAAAAAAGCAAACCCGACAACUGUUUAUACGCACGCGCUGACAGUUAUUAGCACCGACCCCUUUUGUCAGCUUCCAGGAGACAAUACGGAGCUACGUGGCAUUACUCUUUAUCCAGCCCGGGAUCCGUGCAUAGCCUAGUUCCUCUGUUCACCAGGAAGAACCAGAAACUGUGUGUAGGAUGGAUUGACUUCAGUGUACAUGACAAAUUGCAGUCUGUCAGGACACGAGCAAAGGAUGGGAACAUCUCUCGCCGGACUGUGAGGUUGGUCAUCCGCCGGGGUUUCUCCGCGUUUGUUUUUGCUUCUUUUCCCGCCCAGCCCUGCAAGUUUUCCUCUCGUUUCAUAGGGGGAUAUUCAGCACGUUGCAGUCAGGAUGCCUAAUGGCUAAGAUAUAUGUAGUCUUAAUGCACCACCAUUGCUCUCUCCACAGAAAGAGGUGGCCUAAAUUCUAACCUGACCCGCUCCCCUGGGAUUCCUGUAAUAACUGAUGACAGCCUGUGCCGAAUAUUUUGCCAUAAUGCCACAGGACUCCUUAAAACACUAUCAAAACCUUUUAAAAUCUAAGCAAGCCACGCAAGCAGCGUACCGGCCAUAGCCUAAUGUCAACAAUUUUGUUUCUAUUUGGAAAGCGAUGUUUUUGACCUGAAGCCUUCAAAACUAAGAGAUGGGGUUAGUCCUUUAGGGUGUCAGCCUGCAAGCUAUUACAGAAGAAAAAAAAAACUUUAAUAACCAAAGGUAUUUGUUAAGGUUUGGGAAAAAAAACCCCUACAUUCUGUUGAAGAAUAAACUCUUUCUAUAAACUUUAAUGGAGUUGAGAGGACAAGCGUAUUCACUAUAUCACAUACACGUGUCUGAUACAUAUAUUUUUAUGCCUGAAUAUCUACCUACCGUAUAUCUAGGUCAGGCAUACGCCUACCCUCAAAUAUCUGCUUUUUGUGCCCACAGGUAAAUGAAAGGGGAGUUUGCCAAAAAUAUGAUAUUGUGAACCGUGCUAUCUUCUCAGAUCUGUGUGGGCAAGGUCAACAAGACUGGGCAGGAACUCGCUGGGACAUCUAAGCUGAGGGAACAAGCACCAUUCAGGCAUUUUAGCCUUGUAACACUUUUUCUCAAGAAAACAAAACCCGGCAAAGCUUUGCUACAUGUUCUUUACGCAGCACAAAAUGGAGUAGGUUUAGUUUUCAAACUUCCCCGUUUUAGUUCGUAGGCACAAGCCACUUCGGGUGCUGCAGAGAGCCCCUGUGCUUUCCCCUCCCCGUGUAUUUGACCCUUAGCUCCUAGCUCAGGAGACAGGAGCGGAUGUUGGGCUCGCACCACGAAGGCAGACCAGGGCGAGCUAGCCUCCGGGAGCACGGACCAGCGCGCGUCGUGGGCUGUGGGAUUCAAGAGCACUUAAACGAAGUCAUUUAGGCUUCAAACCAGCGGAUACACGUAGAUGUCUAUCUUAGCAUUUCCAAACUCCUAAAUCAUGGGACUGUCCGCCAAGAGGAUGACGCUAGCUUAUUUUGGGUUGACACGUCCAGUGCUUCCCAGAGCCGUCCCGGUGCCAGCCGUCGCGCUCCCAGCUCGGCAGCGGCACCGCCUGCCUGCCACAGCGGCUCCUCUCGCCUGGCCUCUGUCGCCUUCCCCCACCACCGCCCGCCUGAACGUGCCUGGCUGCUUCUUCCCCCCGCCCUGCUCCAGCCCCCUCCUCAGCCCCAGCACUGUCCCGGUCCAGGCCCCUCGGCCGCGC